CGUUAGUUAAUGACCUAUUAAAGACCUUUAAUAGUGAUAAUAACAGAAAAAAGAUUAUUAUGUUUUCUUACUUUAAAUUUUAUUCAUUUAAGUAACUCAUUUGGUAAUUACUCUCAUUAUUGUUGAGUUUUAAUUAGCUACUUAUAACAUAAUCAUUAAUGGGGCAACAAGCUUAAGAUAAGAUAAAAACUCUUUAUUGCACAACACAGUAACAAAACAAGCAGAUACAAAACAAGUAGAAAAAUAAAACAUUGCACAAAGGGCGGUCUUAUCGCUAAUGAGCGAUUUCUUCCAGACAACCCAAUAAUUAAUUAAUAUUACCCUUAAUGAGGGUAGUUACAUAUAAAUAGGGUGGUUUGGCUAACUUCACUUUCUGCACUUGUGCGCGCUUACUAUACUUAUUAAGUUCGAUUUUUCCCGUAAUAUAAUGGAAGGUUUUGGUACCAAUUUAGAUAUUUUCAUGUUUGUUGCAAACAAUAGCUGUUUCUCACAGCCCAUUGUGUUAUUUGAAGUUUUCGAGAAUGCCGUUGAUUUGACAGCGAAUGAAAAUAAAGAAUUGAAACAAUUCUGCCAGACUUAUGUGUGUUCUUUGAGGAACAAAUGGAUCACAUGCAAUCUUACGAGACACACAUUCAUAAAGAAGUAUGAGACAUGGCUGCAAGAAGUCAUAAAAUGGCCCGAGUUCAUGAAGGAAAAGAUGACAAAUUCUUUAGGGUCUGUAAUGCAACAACCAUGUUCGAGUUCUAACUUCGGUAUAAAUGAGGGUGCAUCAACAUCAUACAAACCGGAGAGAUGCAGUGUUGGAACAUCAAUAUCAGUUGCGAGUCAGAGAAAAACGUUUACUGAGCUAAGCCCACUACAUAAGAGAAGAAGAGUGGACGAGUUCCUAAAGCACAGCACUGAAAGCCUUACUUAUGCAACUGGCUUAAGUGCAGAAAACAAGAAUGUAGCAGAUAUAAUAAAAUUAGUCACAGAGCAUCCUGAAGAGGCUACAAAGAUAAAGGAUUUAUUGAAGUCCAAGAAAACUGUACCCAUAUAUUCGCCGAUGAAGCUUUAGGUUUAAUGACCUCGUUGAAACUUUCUAAGUUGUAGUAUACAACAUCAAGAGCUUGUGCAAAAGAAGAAGGAAUACCUUCAUAUACAGCUAUGUUAGAGGCGAAGAAGGACUGCUACCCACCAAAAGGUGCCAUAGAAAUCACAGAAAGAGGGGUAAAAGUAAAGCUUCAAGCGAUUUUGGACAAAACUGUUGCUAGACUUGGUAAAUUCCUACGUUUGGAAUUUUCACUGGGUGGCAAAGAGCUAACACUGAUAUGCAAGUGGGGCUUUGAUGGUGCUUCAGGGCAAAGUUUGUACAAGCAAACUAUAACUGGUGAAGAUGAUUCCAGCAUUUUUAUAUGUUAUUUUGUGCCUCUACGCUUAGUUUGUGGCAAAGAAAAGAUAUGGGAGAAUCCAAAGCGAUCUUCCACAAUCUUCUGCAGGCCACUCUAUUUCAUUUUUGUUAAUGAAAAUAAUUUGAAUAUUACGGAAGAACAGGCUUUGGUUGAAGCUGAGAUUACAGCACUGAAACCGUCUAUUAUGGGAAGUCAUACUGUUAAACACUCAAUGCUUAUGACUACGAUAGAUGGCAAAAUCACUUCCCAACUAUUAAAAACCUCAACGCAGACUUGUGACAUCUGUGAAGCUACACCUUCGGAAAUGAAUAUGUUAGAGAAGAUCUCAGAGUAA